CCGGAGGCUCACAAACGGCGCAAGUCUCCGCUCGGUCAAUACUCCAGUCAACCCGAAAACUGGUUGAAAAGUCAGUGUGCAGCAGCAGCAGUCGCGAUCGAAGAUUUUAACUCGAAGCGUUUAAAGCGUGUUUUCGCGUAUAAUAGGGAUGAUUUCUACCUGAAUUUACUCGGUCCAACCACUGGGGCACGUGCCGUUCGGUUAUGGUGUGCAGUUGAGCUUGAAUGGGCCCCCAAAUCGCCCCCCAAGCACUAUGAAGGGCUCUCACCCCGUUUGGAUCAUCGUCGCGCUGCUUGCGGGCCUGGGACUGGCAGUGAAUGUUCACUUCGAGACCAAAGACGGCGGUUUCUUCCUGAACCAGCAGCCCCGCCAGCACUACCCCAUGAUGCCCGAGGCAUUGGCGCCGCUCGGGGGCGGCGUCGCCGCCGGAGGGACGCCACUGUCCGUCGAUCGUUUCACCGUUUUGCAGAGCAGCCAGCCGAUUUCAGUGCGCGCCACUUAUGGACCGUUCAGCACCAAACAGACGGUUCCUGCACGCUAUGUGGUGCCCGAUCCCGUCCCAUUCAACUCCACAGGGCAGGGGUUCGAGCUGCAGGACCAGGCGACGCACCAUCUGGACAUGUCGGCGCACAUUGUGCCCAGCGAAGUGCCGCGAGACAAGCCAGUGCUGCGCGUUCUUUUCCACACCGGGACUGAUCCGGGGGGGCGGCGCCAGGUCCUGCUGGCCAGGCACCAUCAGCGCGUCUGCAUCGUGUUGCAUGCUAGCAUGGGACAGCGGCCCCCAUUGAGAGCCGCCUGCAGCCCGGAGGGCGAAGAGGGCGCCUGUCUGGCGCAGAUCACCAUCCCCGCCUCUUGGUGGCCGCCCCUGACUCCGCCCGGACAUCCGGACAAGCCCACCAAAACCCCCGCCCGACUAGUUCAGGUGGCGUAUUCGGUGCUGGAGCCGUGGCCUGAAGAGGGCGAGGGCUGCCGGCCCCAGAUGGCGGUGCAGCCGGGGGUGGUGCUGGGGCAGGUGCCCCUAGCAGCCGCCCAGGGCGCCUACAAGGAGCUGAAGCUGACGGAGGCGGUGCGCAUGUUGGUGCCGCACCCGCCGCUCUUUCCCAUGUCGCGGCUCCACGUUGCCGUCUUCCUCGACAGGGCCAAAGCGCGUGACGUCACCGCGGUGGUGAUACGGGCUCGCGUCAAAAGCGGCAUCCGACUGUUGGACGCCACGCCAUCUGGCGUCACUGCCUGGAACAUCACGGUGGAAAUCAACGCGCGUCACACCGGCGCCACUGUUACUCUGCUGCGCAGAGAGCCGCCCGAGGAGGACGGGGCGACGCAGUCGCCUGCAGAGUGCGUGGAGCUCUUCACCUGGCUGCUGGAGGUGACGGAGGACGAGAUCUACGAGGGGGCGCGCAUUGUGUGGACGGCGCGCUUCGAGCCCGCGCAACUAGAGGAGCAGCUGUUCCACUCUUCGGCGCAGCGGUCGGACUCGCGCAAGUUCACCACCCGCUUCGAGAUCCAGAAGGACGACAUCCAGGCAGUGGUCCCCAUCAGCAAGAAUUGGGAGGUGCUCAACACGGCGGUGCUCACCGGCCAGCAGGUGUCGCAGGCGAUGAAGGUCUUCAUAGUGUCGCAGGCGGGCAAAGCGGCCGACGUCACUUUCCAGGCCUCCUGCCACUCGGAGGACGACAGCGUUCUGAAGGUGUCCUCCUCCUGCGGCUCAGUCUACGUGGACGGCAGCGAGCAGCGCGGCUCCAUGAACGCCUCCGUGGUGGUGAAGUACGGGACCUACACCGGACUGGCGCGCUUCACCGUCUGGAUGCCCGAGUUUCCCCUAGAGGUGGUGGUGGGCGACUCCCGCUUGUCCCAGCUGAAGUCGUGGCGCGUGCCCGAGUACCACCCAGUGUCGGUGAAGAGCAGGCGGCGCAAGCGCGCUGCCGCCCCCUGGGGCGGCGCCCCCGACCUGGAGGCCUCCGGCAACAUGGUGGAGCGGCCGCUCUGCCGGCUGCGCUACCAGCAAACAUCCGUCGAAGUGUACGCGCACUUUCUGGCCACUGACCACGAAUCCGGCCGCGUCAGCUACCUGGUGAACCGGCGCACCUGGCUGCGGGUGACCGAGCUGGUGCUGCCCUGUCUGCGCGUCAGCGACCCGCGCAUCGCCAGCCUGCACGGCAAAGUGCUGCAGGGCCGCAGCAUGGGGCGCGCCGAAGUCCAGGUGCUGUCGCCUGUCACCAGUCGCGUGUAUGGGUCGCGCGAGGUGCGCGUGGUCAACGAGAAAGUGGGCGUGACCAAGAUGGCGGUCCGUGUCGUCACUGGGCUGCAGCUGAACAUCUCCCCGGAUACCAGCGUGGAGAAUGGCUACGUAGCUGAGACGAGCGUCACCCGGAAGCUGACCGCUCAGUAUCAGGAGGGGCUGCUGGACAUCGAGCUGGAGUUCUCGGACGGCAGCAGGACGGCGCUGCGCGACAUCGCCGACACCGACUACCACCUGGUGGUAGAAAGCCUGGACCCGGCAGUGGUUGCAUUUGCGCCAAUGGUGGCGUCGCACCAUCCGCGCGUCAUCGCAGUGGGCGAGGGCAGCGGCGACCUGCUGCAGGUGACGCUCCUGCUGCCUGAAGAGUGCCGCACGGCCAGUCGCACCAAGGCGAAACCUGCGGGGCCGCUGGCCACCGCAGCCGCCCAAAUCACCGUGGACUUCAGCAGCGCCCAACCCGACAUCCUGCAGAACGACGGCAGCUCGAAGGCGGGCAGGGACUUUGGCGACUUGCAGGACAUCCUCAAAGGCGCGGCCCAAAAAGAGGAGAAAUCGCACGAGCCGCACGUGCAAGCGCGCCAGUACCAAGGCAACAAGGGCGUGACCAAAAACAGACACGCCUACAGCCCGCUGACGCCCCUCGAGAUCAGCAUGUACGUGCUGUUGGCCGCCUUCUGCUGCGCCAUUGUGGUGUUUGUGGUCUCCUGUGUGGUCUACGCGUCCAAGUUCAAGCCAAUGGAAGCGGGCGUGACUGCGGGCGUGCACGCCUCCCCCAUAAACGCCACGCCCCAUCUGCGCAAGCCGCGCGAAACCACCCAGAACGCGCACGAUUGGGUGUGGCUGGGCAGGGCCACCAUGGACCCGCCCUCCAAUCGCAGCUCGGCUGUGGGGCAGGACAUGCGGAUCAUCACCAACCCGCUGACCUUGAACUACGUGGAGCCGGAUGAUUCGUUGGCCACCAGCUUCACGAACCCCCACCACAUCAAUUUGCCGGCCACUGCAGUGGACAGUGCGACGUAUUCUCGCGGCAGUGGGGGGCGCAUGAGCAACGUGGUGAUCGAGGACGAAGUCCAGGCCUGGAGCAGGCCGAUUCCGCCGCCGCCGCUGCCGCCCCAUGCCGCCCCACCCAAGGCCCCAGUGGAGGAGUACCGCCCGCCAGUGCCGCCCCAUCGGAACAUGCAGCACCACCAAAGGGCCAGCGAAGCCGAGCUGGACCAAAGCGAAGAGACUGGGGAGGAGGAGGAAGUGGAGGGGCGCCCGGUUUUCCAGUUCGAUGACGAGCCUGCGGCGGAAUUCGUGGCAAAUGUGGCACCACCGCGCAGCCGAACCGUUGCCGAGGUGAAGCGCGCCACUGUUGUGGGCAACCCGAUGUGUCGCACCAAUCAGGCGAGCGAAAACGAGCCGGAGGGCGUGGCCCCGGGCGAACUGCCCGACCACUUGGGCGUGGACUACGACCAGAUCAUGCGCUACUUCGACAAUCUGAAGGAAUCGAACGCCUGAGUGGAAGAGAUCAUUGCAAAGAUCCGGCACAUUUUGCUGUCGUUCCGCUACAAUGGCAGCGCCCUCGACGGCCCGUUCGAGUACCACUUUGAUCGCGUCAGCCAAUCGUACGCCUGACGCGAGCGAGUGCAACCAGCUGGCGCCACUUGUUGAGCGAUUUUUGCAGUGAUCUGCCGCGACUAAACCCACGGAAAGCAAGCGAAUGGAAGAAGGAAUCUUCACACACACACACACACGCUCUAUUCUAGUCAGUUGUUAGAGUAACAAAUAAUCAAUUAAGCUUUACCAAUUAAUUAAUAACCGUGCACCUGAAUGUAUUUAUUUGUAAUAAGAGGCGAGACGCGUGUAGCAAGGAGCGCCAUCUUUGAGUGCUGGCAACACAGUGCCAGGCUCCUGUACAAUGUUCUGUAAAUGUAUUGUAUGUACAUAGUUGCCAGACUGAUAUUCCGCUUUUUGAGCUUUUCUAGCUUAAUCAGUGUUUAGAUUGUAGUAGGACUUCGAUAUUAGGACUUCGGUUGAUUCCCUCAAGGAUUUUUCAGUAUUACAUGGAUGUACAUAAUGGGCGAAGCCCACUGAUCGACUGUCUGCCAUUUUUUCUUGCCGAUGAACAAUUUCACUGUAAGUUACCACUGGAACUCCAAUAAAUAAAUCAAGAGCCACAAGGAGGUGAAUUUUUA